GUGUGUAGAAGAGUCCAGGGCCCACCACUGUAGUUCAGAAGCAAAAUGCAAAGCAUCUUCUCCCCACUACAGCUCUCUCUCUCGUUGACUGAAGGAGCGACUGAAGUGGGGUGGAAAGGGAGGUGCUAUCAGUGUGGUCAGUGAGUGCCAGGUCCCAGGUGCCCCCACUGCAGGAAACAACCAGGCUGGUACUUGGGUGGGGGCAGGGGGUGAACCUAUAUUCUAGUUCUCAUUCUUUUGACAUCACCUACCGCAGCUGCGACUUUGGACUUCCGUUGUACUGAGCACUGUCUGCUAAACCACUGGAAGAAAGUCGUUAGUAGUCUGUCCUUGUCAGGCUGGGCCUUGAGAGCCUUUUGAGAGGUUUCAAAAGGGAGCUGAUCCAGCGGUAAAAUGUGAUGCUGACCAGAUCCAGUCCUCCAAAUUAGAAGUCGUUUCCUGCAUGAUCUUGACAUUUGCAUCCUGGCAGCCUCUCUUCAGCAGACCUUGUUUUGGUAAUGAGGUUGGUGACCUGGUGGUCAGAAUGACAAGAAGUAUAAUGACCCAGGAAAGCAGCUAUGGGAGGUGGACAAUAUCCAGUAGUGAUGAAAGUGAGGAUGAAAAGCCCAGACCUGACAAGCCGUCAACAUCGUCUGUCCCCCAGGCUGGGCAGGGAGCAGUACAGGGGCCUGUGUACACCUGCUCAGAGGCCCGCAAGGUUGCACACAAGAGAAAGCUUUCACCUGUGAAGUUCAGCAACGCGGACUCAACAUUGCCCCCCAAAAGGCAGAAGAGUGAGGCCACAGAAGGUCUCGGCUGGUGUCUGUCCAGCAGCGAUGACGAGCAGCAGCCAGAGACACAGCACGACCAGCCUAAGGACAUGGUGGUCCAAGAGAAAAAACGUUCCUCCUCGCCCAACAUGCCUACCGCCCAGCAAGUUGUCCAUCACGGCCCUCCUGCCAGCCAUGGUCCCCAGAGGGCAGAUGAUGAGUACGAGACCUCAGGGGAAGGCCAGGACAUCUGGGACAUGCUGGAUACAAGGAACCCCUUCCAAUUUUACCUCACCAGAGUCUCAGGGAUUAAGGCAAAGUACAACUCCAAAGCCCUCCACAUCAAGGAUAUUUUAUCCCCUCUGUUUGGAACACUUGUCUCUUCAGCUCAGUUUAACUACUGCUUUGACGUGGACUGGCUCAUAAAGCAGUACCCACCAGAAUUCAGGAAGAAACCGAUCCUGCUUGUGCACGGAGAUAAGAGAGAAGCCAAGGCAGACUUGGAAGCCCAGGCAAAGCCCUAUGCAAACAUUUCCCUCUGCCAGGCAAAGUUGGAUAUUGCAUUUGGAACACACCACACGAAAAUGAUGCUCUUGCUCUACGAAGAAGGCCUCCGAGUUGUCAUCCACACCUCCAACCUCAUCCGGGAAGACUGGCACCAGAAAACCCAAGGAAUAUGGUUGAGCCCUUUGUACCCACGAGUUGACCCGGAAAAGCACACAUCCGGAGAGUCAAGCACCCACUUUAAAGCUGACCUCAUCAGUUAUUUGAGGGCGUACAAUCUUCCCCCUCUCCAGGAGUGGAUAGACGCCAUCCAGGAGCACGAUCUCUCUGAAACCAAUGUUUACCUUGUCGGUUCAACCCCUGGACGCUUUCAAGGAAGUCACAAAGAUAACUGGGGACAUUUUAGGCUUAGGAAGUGGCUGUGCUCAGAGUUUAAAGAGAGCUUGCUGGCACAGAGAGAAGAUGGCGGAACUCCAGGGAAAAGUGCAGCUCCUCUUCAUCUGAUCUAUCCUUCUGUGGAAAAUGUGCGGACCAGCUUAGAAGGAUAUCCUGUGGUUUACAUCUCUCCUGUCACUAGCAAGUGGUCAGCAGAGACAUCUGGCCGGAGCAACGCCAUGCCACAUAUUAAGACGUACAUGAGGCCUUCAUCAGACUUCAGUAAACUGGCUUGGUUUCUUGUUACAAGCGCGAAUUUGUCCAAAGCCGCCUGGGGAGCACUGGAGAAGAAUGGCACCCAGCUGAUGAUCCGUUCCUAUGAGCUCGGCGUCCUCUUCCUUCCGGCGGCAUUUGGCCUGGACACCUUCAAUGUGAAGCAGAAAUUCUUUUCCAGCAGCUGUGAGCCAAUGACCUCCUUUCCUGUGCCCUAUGACCUGCCCCCGGAGCUCUAUGGGAGUAAAGAUCGGCCGUGGAUUUGGAACAUUCCCUAUGUCAAAGCACCUGAUACACAUGGCAACAUGUGGGUGCCUUCUUGAGACA